AGUAUUUGGACUUCGACAUUUGACUCUGUGCAUCUGUAUCCCACUAAAAAAGGAAGAAAAUCUCCAGUAGACCAAGCAUUUCUCCUCUACUUUGCGGCGAUAGAUUAUCGACUUCCAAAAUUGCUUCCGAAGCGCAGCGGUUGCUGCCUUUCGCCCUCGGUCCACUUGCUCAGGGCACAGUUUUCAUGAUCAACCGCAACAAGCGCAUAGCAAUACAACGCAAUGGCCGCACAUCAACUCGAAGAUAUCGGCGCUUUUGAAGAGGUGGACGUUGGACAUUAUCUGGUCAACGUUAAGAAUGAACCUGAUCCUACACCACCUCGUCGCCAUCCGACUGCAGGCAUCAGAAGUCGCUGCCCAUAUGGCUGCGGAAAGAUGAUCGCCCUACGCACGAUUGAUUAUCACAGAACCAAUGGAUGUCGUCCAGGUCAGUCGAAAGAUGAAACAUUUGGUGAUACUAGCAAGAAGCGUUACUACUGCUGUGGAGUGUGCUUCAUGGAAUUCGUCACAAGGACCGCAUUUCACGAGCAUUUAAGUAUUGAACAUGACGUCCAUCCAGAAAUCAAUGAACUAGUGUUUGACAACAUCGACGAUUUCAAGCGCUUUGUUCGUUGGCUCGAACUCAAAGGUGGUGCGCAUUUUCGUCACAAAUCCGGUUCGAAAAGACGCCAACGUGGGAGAGGGAUUUUUAUGGCCUGCAACAGGAGUGGUUUUGUAAAUUCAAAUAGUGCUACGGGAAGUGAACGCGACCGCGUUGGGCCCUAUCGCAUGGGGCAUACAUGCACUGCUUACAUACAUGGAACACAGCAUGCAGAUGGUCGCGUAUCAAUCGAGAUGUGCGGUGACCACUAUGGUCACGAUGUUCGGAUGAGACUACCGCCCAUCAUAAAAUCAAUUAUAGCUCAAAAACAGAUGGAAGGAGAAAGCAGCGCGGAUAUCAUAGCUUAUUUAAGGCAACACUUCCUUCCAUAUGCUGCUGACAAUAUUUACGCUCAACGAGCUUGCCUUGUUGAUCAUGAGGAGCUACGUACAAUCAGUGUAACGGCCACUAAGAAAUGGGAAGCUGAAGGUAUACCGACUACGUGUGAAAUUUGGGAAGAAGAGCUGCUUGACCUCGUUGGUAUCGUUAGGGAAGGUGUUCCACGUGUGAGGGAGUUGCAUGAGAAGACCACUGAAGAGAUUGCUAUCGAAGAGAACUGGCCAAAACCUCAAGUAUUUACUGCUAAAGUUCGACUCAAAACCGGCGAGUUUGUGCCUGUUGACUCCUUGUCGGAUGCGGAACGAAUGGGGCGAGAAGUGCAGUAUCAGGAGGAACCCAAGUUGUCGCCAGAAAGCUUUUUGGACGACAGUGAACCUCCAGCAAAGAAAGCGAUGCCUACAGAUGCUGUAAGGCAGAUUGUGGAAAGUCCAGAAGAGUACAUUGAUGUCGAUGGAGUUGUUGAAGUACCUACGACCUCAUCGGGCACUCGAGAAAAUGUCCAAAGAAGAAAUUAUGUGCCGAAAGGAACGACAAUGUCUAAAGAGGAAGUUUUACAAAAGCUGCUCUAUGAAAUCGAUCUGCUCCGAGAUCACGUCAUUAAUUCUGCGUCUUCGGUAUCUGCGAUCAGCCUGCACUAUCUGCUAUUGCGGGUGAAGGCGUUGCGACCGGUGGUUGAGCAGCCUACAUCGUCGCAAUACCGGCAAAGUACAGCGAAGUAUCGGGAGGGACGGCUUGGUAAUGGCUUGUCAGGCGUUUGUCACACUAACGGUGAUCAAGGCACAACUGGCAUUUACGAUGUAAUGAGCGACGACGAAGAUAUUGUGUUGUCCAGUGGAGCCCCGCUGCACUUCAAUGAUUUCAUAUGGAGGUGAUACAACUAUGUUUUCUGGUGUGUAUGUAAACCAGUAUGCCUUAUCAUUGUGAUGUUCGCCAUCUUUUCUUAUGAUCUCAUUCUUUUCUUGAAGCUAUCACUUACUAAUAAAUUUU